AAAAUGACUUGAAUGUUGAAAAAACUUGUUAUUGGAUUUCGUAUCGGAGGGAAAAUGAAAAACAUAUGUUCACCCGUAUUUUAAUGGUGUUUCAAUCCUUUCUACUUUUUUGUAUUUAUCAUGCACUUACUGCAUCAGAAUCAUAAAGAUGCAAGAGAAAAUGACUUGCACAAAAUAAAUGUAGACUUGCGUUUUUCAUUUGUUCUUCUCACUUGAAGCUAGAAAUGAACCAUUAGUCAAUAAUCAAAUUUACAUCCUCGAUUGCGUCCUCGACUGUGAUACUUUUCUUUUUUUUUGGCAUUUAUUGGUAUUUCUUCAAUCACCUAAUACCGCAAAACCCAGAUCCUAGAAAAUUCAUCUUCAGAUUUUUCUAGAAAGUUGCCAACAGUGAGUUUCCAUUCAUGCACAUAUAGGAAUUCUGAAGUUAUUUUGGUUAAUUUUUCUCCGUAUGCAUCAUCCCAUUUGAUCAUUUUGUCGGUGGGAUAGUUUGAAAGAAGCUAGUUCUAGACUUUUGAAAGGCAAUCUUAUUAUAACAAGUUUUGAGUUCGCAAUGGGAUUCUUGGAUCUAUUAGUUGUGGCAUUGGUGCCAAUUCUAAAAGUGUUACUGGUAACUGGUGUUGGUUUGUUUCUUGGCAUAGAAAAGAUCAACCUGUUGGGGCCGGAGGCAAGAGACUACUUGAAUAAAAUUGUAUUCUAUGUAUUAAGUCCUUGCCUCUUAUUCAGCAACUUGGCCGAGACAAUCACUUACAAAAGUUUGGUUACCUUAUGGUUCAUGCCACUCAAUGUUCUUCUAACAUUUCUCGUUGGCUCAGCUCUUGGUUGGAUUCUUGCAAAACUAACUAAAACUCCUAGACACCUUCAAGGAAUCGUCAUCGGUUGUUGUUCCACAGGAAACUUGGGAAACUUGCUUCUCAUUGUUUUUCCAGACAUAUGCGAUGAGUCGAAUAGUCCAUUUUCAAAGUUAUCUACUUGCUCUACCGAUGCCGAGGCAUAUGCUUCACUAUCCAUGGCAGUAGGAGCCAUUUUUACUUGGGCAUAUGCGUAUCCUUUGGUGAGCUCUUAUGUUAUUAAGAAUACGGAGCACAGCUCUAUCCAGUCCUCCGAACCAUCUCCCGACAGUUGCACGGAACCGCUACUAUCACCUAGUGAUAGCCAAAUUUCUGAAGACAACUCGGUGGUACUCGAACUGCCUCUAACUAAUAUGCAGGACGGAAAAAAGAUGUCAUUCAAAGAGAAGAUUGCUGGGUGUAUAAAGUGCAUUACGAGUAAGAUCGACCUAGAGAAGGUGUUCGUACCAUCGACUGUUGCAUCGAUAGCCGGGUUAAUCAUCGGGAUAGUCUCUCCGUUCCGGAAAGUACUGAUAGCAGACAAUGCACCUCUUCGAGUAAUCAAUAGUUCAGCAGCUCUGAUAGGGCAUGCAGCCAUUCCAUCAAUGACCUUGAUAAUGGGGGCAAACCUUUUAAAAGGUCUACAAAGAUCAGAAAUGAGUUUGGUGGUGAUUUUAGGGGUAGUUGCAGUUCGGAACAUUUGCUUGCCAUUGUUGGGGAUCGGUGUUGUUCAAGGUGCACACCAUUUGGGCGUGGUUGGAUCGGAUGCUUUAUAUCGAUUUGUUCUAAUGUUUCAAUAUGCUGUUCCCCCUGCAAUCAAUGUCGGUACAAUGACACAACUAUUUAAAAGUGGACAAGGUGAAACAUCUGUGAUUUUGUUAUGGUCAUAUUCUGUAGCUUCCAUCUCUCUAACACUUUGGUCAACACUGUACAUGUCUCUUGUCUCUAAUUCCUCCACCAAAUAAGACUAUAUAAUGCAAGUUAACUGUUGCUUGCAUUCCAAUUUUUAAUUAUCGACAUUGCUUAUAUAUUUAUGAAUUUAUAUCAAUAUCAAAAUUAACUUCAUCAAUAAUAGCAUGAUGAUUUGAUA